GCUUUACACGCUCUGCAUGAUGGGAGCCCCCCUCUGCCACAGAUACAUGGAAGCACCCAGCUGGCAAAAAGCUGAAAUCCCACCAGUCUAACAGGGACUGCUAAUUACGCCAUUAAGACCAGUUUGGGUUCAUUGGCAGGCCACCCACAUUCCAACAUUCCAGCACCGUCAGCUUGACAGUGUUGUGGAUGUGAAGACACUGUACCUGAAGCAUGUUCUCUCUGGUGCCGUGGUGUUUUUCAGUCAUGUGCAGUUUGUUAAGCUCUCCUAGUUCUGCUGCCCCCCCCCCCCCAGCCAGAAUCGACAUGCAGUGUGUUUCAGUGACACACCAGCUUGUUAUAUUUUGCUUUGAACGAAAGCAUAUGUUUUAUAAGUCAGCACUUAUUAAUGUCAGAUGACGACUCAUACAAGGUGCCUUGAUUCUCUGGAGACCAAAUCACCCACCUUCUCGCCGAGAAGCAGCACUCGCUGUGAUCUGGGCGCCUUCACUUCAUCUUCCUUCCUGUAUCGACCUUCAGAUGUUUCCAAACAUUUAGCAGAGUCACGCUGCACGUUGAGACCUCAGUGUCCAGUCAAACGUAGUGACUCAGCUGUUGCCAUGGAGACUGUAUGAAAGCCAGGCGGAAGAUGGGCUGUGCUUAGUGAGAGCAGGUGCUCUGAGAGAGCCUGCAAACCUGGAGAAGGAGGGGGUGUGCUCCCACAGAGCGGAGCCCCCAACCUACUUCUGACCUCAGUAACUCUGUGGACAGGAAGCCGACGCGUGACUCUGGUGAGGGUUUGUGAGUGAGGCUACGGAGCACAGCGGCCUGUUUCGGUUAAUCUGCUCACCUGUCUGACACCUCGUCAUCCAGCCCAAGUUUGCUCCAUUCCAGUCUCUCCUGCAGGAUGGCCAGUCGUCUUGGGCUGGGGGGCACCCUUGGGGUCGGGACCCAAACACGGCUGAGACUCCACCCCCUUUGGGAAGCUGGCAUGAAUGGCUGAGGAGUGGUUUAGGGUUACUCACCUGGGGGUCUCUGUGCUAGGCGAAUGGCACCCCCUUAAUGCCAGGAUUGUGCAGUGGCAGUGUACAAACGCUUGUGGGUGCUAGCCCCCUGUUGGUGGGGGGGUAAUGGGGAAGGGGGGCAGAAGUAGGUAAGAGGAAUAGAUAGCAACUUGUUUUUUGCUAUUGACAUAAUGUAGGUAGUUUGCCUGCAUGAACCCCUCUGUCUCGUUUAUAUGACAAGUAAUAACCGUGAAUUAACUAAUGCUUUUUACCAUUAAAAAAACUGACUGGCAUUUUCUAGGGAAAUCUGGAAUUAUUGCUACACUUUCAGAUUGAUUUUCAUUUUAGUAAGUGUAAUUAUGAGCGUUUAAUCUUAUCUAGAGCUCUAACUUAAUUACGGUCUUUGAGAAUGACUGUGAUUCAUCCUUAUUCGUUUAUACAGUGAAAUCUGUCUGGCGGUGCUAGCUGCAGGGUACAGGGUUUAGGGUACAGGGUUAGGGGUUUGGGUAUAAGGUACAGGGUUAGGGGUUUGGGUAUAGCGUACAGGGUUAGGGUAUAUGGUACAGGUUUAGGGUAUAUGGUACAGGGCAUAGCGUACAGGGUUAGGGUAUAGGGUUAGGGUAUAUGGUACAGGGUAUAGCGCACAGGGUUAGGUUAUAUGGUACAGGGUUAGGGGUUCGGGUACAGGGUUAGGGUAUAUGGUACAGGGUAUAGGGCACAGGGUUAGGGUAUAUGGUACAGGGUUAGGGCACAGGGUUAGGGUAUAUGGUACAGGGUAUAGGCGUACAGGGUUAGGAUAUUUGACUAUCCCUGCCGGCCCCUGGAGGAUGGGCUCCCCCUUUGAGUCUGGUCCCUCUCAAGGUUUCUUCCUUCUAGGGAGUUUUUCCUUGCCACUGUCGCCUAUGGCUUACUCAUUGGGGGCUUUGGGUGAGGAUACUGUAAAGCGCUUUGAGACAAUGUAAUGUUGUGAUAAUGCGCUAUAUAAAAAUAAAUUUAUCGUUGUUGUUGGUAUAUGGUACAGGGUAUAGCGCACAGGGUUAGGGUAUAUGGUACAGGGUAUAGCGCACAGGGUUAGGGUAUAUGGUACAGGGUAUAGCGCACAGGGUUAGGGUAUAUGGUACAGGGUAUAGCGCACAGGGUUAGGGUAUAUGGUACAGGGUAUAGCGCACAGGGUUAGGGUAUAUGGUACAGGGUAUAGCGCACAGGGUCAUGGAUAUGACUGAUGCUUGUGAGUCAGAUUUGUCCCCUGGACCUUUUGUGGUAAUCAUGGUGUCAGGGGUUGGUGUUGGGUGGCUGCUUGGCUGACGCCUAAGGAAGGGAACCUAUCAGAUAUUUGUCUGUGGACCAUGGUGUGUUAGAGGUCUAUCAAAUUAUUCUUAUAUUUUCUGAUUAUUCAGGAGAGAAUCCAAUAACUGUAAGUAGUGUGAUGUAAAUCCUGUGAGCAGAGACACCAGUGUCAGGAUUGGGAUGGACUCUCUCUGAUCGAUCAAAAGAUUUAAAUGCCAAUUGUGUGGCUCUUUCCCAACUGGAGCUGGUCCAGUCACCCUAGAAGAUGGUAGAAUUUCGGUUCAUUCGGUUUCUGUGUGGAUACAAUGCAGGGGACACCUUGGAGUGGAUACCUGCCCCCUGCAGGACAUAGACAUGAACACACAGCCACAGGAAGGCUGGAGAUCACAUCCUUGUUGGGCCAUGACGGAUUCUGCACGAUUACGCGGGGAUCCUACAAACUGGAGUCUCCUGCGAGGGCACCUGAUGACAAUGUGGACGGCGCCUGCAGACCGCGCGUCUCUGUGCUGUGUGAUGUCGCACAGCUCUGCAGAGGCCAGCUCCGGGGGGCUGCGGUCCUUGAACCCGGGCCUGCUGUGCUCCAGCAGCUCCCUCGGUGGUGGCUGGUCCCUGGGAGGCGCCGUUCUUCCCAGCCCAGUGUCCCAGGAUCUGGUACCUCUGAUCUGCACUGGAAGCUGAUAUCUGCUCCCUUAAUUAUUUAGUGUUACUGCUUGUGUCUUCACCUCCUAGCCGUGUCACAGAGGCAGUAAUCUCUGUCUCUCCCAGUAUUUCAGUGCCCAUUUCUGUGCUUGGAGGUGGCUAUUGCCAUUUAUAGUUACUCUGACAUGAAUGGAGCCUUUUUGCAGACAGCUGGUGAUGUGUGUCCAUGUUCGUCAUGUGUAUUAACCAGACCGAUAAGAAAACAAGGAAUUUUAUUUUGCUCCAAAUUGAAAUUUUAUUUUAACUUAAAUCGAGCUGUGACUGGAUGCCUCUGUCAAGCUUGCAGAGACAGAUGACUGAUGAAUGAAGCCGCAUUGCUGCCAAGUCAAACCCUUUGAGUGGCUCAGGACCUGAAAUCCUGCACUGACUGCAGCAGCCACAGGCAGGAUAAUCUCUGGGCAUGUGAGCUGGAAAGCCCUGCUGUUGUACCUUUGAGUUCUGCAGUGAAGCAGUCUGCUGUGUAAGUGGGUUAAGACUGAGCGGUUCGAGGCACUCUUCAGGAUGUACGACGAGCAGAUAUCCUUCCAGAUGUUCCAGAGCUUCUGCCGAGUCCGCAUCAGCUUCAGCGGCCCGGAGGCAGCGGCCCGCGCGCGCGUGGAGCUUCACGAGUCUGAAUUCAAUGGCAAGAAGCUGAAGCUGUACUUUGCCCAGGUGCAGAACUCGGGCGAGGACAUUGACAAGGCCUAUCUGGCUCCUCCCCAGCCUGUGAAGCAGUUCCUGAUCUCGCCCCCCGCUUCUCCGCCCGUUGGAUGGAGUCAGAGUGAAGACGCCACGCCCGUCAUCAACUAUGACCUGCUGUGCGCUGUGGCCAAGCUGGGCCCAGGUGAGAAAUACGAGCUGUGUGCGGGCACGGAGUCGACGCCCAGCGUGGUGGUGCACGUGUGUGAGAGUGAGACAGAGGACGAGGAAGUGACCCGCCCCAAGCAGAAGAUCGUCCAGACCCGUCGUCCUGACGGUCCCUCCGCAGUCCUCAACUAAGUCCCCCAGCCGCCAUGGCAACAGCCUCCAACCCUGACCUCUCUCAUCCUGAGAAAGAUGGCCACUAUUUCAGAUUUCAAAAAGAACUUUUAAAAUCACGUAAAACAGAGGAGAGACAGCUGACGGCGCUGUGCUAGUGGGCUGACAGGCUGCUGUGGCCCCUGUAUGGACCACCAGGGGGCAGCGAUGCCCCCACUGAGAAGGCCGCACCUGUAUCAUUUCAAGCGUUGCAGAUCCUGCUUGCUUUUCAUUUUUCAGAAUGAAUUGUUUUUGUAUAUUAUUAUUAUUAUUAUUAUUAUUAUUAUUAUUAUUAUUACUGCUGUUUCACUGGAAGAUGUUUCAUACUGAUUAUGUAUUUUAUUGCCUCGCUUAGUAACAUUUCAGCUGAUUUGUUGGGAUGCAGGAGGCUUCUCUCAGACAGACAGACAGACACACACACACACACACACACAGACACACACAGUAACCGAGUGUAAAUAUACAGGCUGCACUGUCGCUGUGCUGCUCAGUGUGUGCCCUUGGAUUUCUUGUUUUCUUUCUGUUUGGGUCUGUUUCCUAAACGAAAUGUACAUUCUCUACAUGUGUCCAUAUCAGCGAAUGCGUCUGUCUGGAGCUGAGCUGAGCAGCGUGACUCAUGACGGACGCCUCAGACAGACGUGUGGGUCCCCGGGGCCGGUGUCAGGCUCAGAGUCCAGGGUGCGAGCGAUGGUGGCGUCUGGCCGAACAGGGUCCUCGACUCGGAUGGCUUCCCUACACUGGGGGCGUUUUAAGUAAAGUGCUUUGCACUGAUGUUGUGGUAGAAAUGUGCCAUCCAGGUGGAACUGGAAUUCUGAUGCAGAAAAGGAGAGAGGGGUGGGGGAGAGGCAGGGAUGGGCCAGGAGGGGGCAGCGUGUGUGCAUCCCCAAACCUGCCUCUUCCACUGCGCUUUGCACCCAGAUGCAUGACAUCAUCGUCUCUGCACCGAUUGGGCCUUUCCCUCCCAUAAUUCAUUUUCUCCCCUGUAAACAGUCUUUAGCACUUUCCCUCCCAUAAGCAGCCGCUAGGUGGGGUUUUGUUGACGAUGGCACCAGCGUUUCCCUUCUCUUGUUUCUCUCUGCUGCUUUAUUGCAUCUUGUGAUUCUGUGAACCUUCCUCUCAUGGAGCAUUUUGCCCAAAGACAACAUGUAAAUAUAUUACAGGAUUUGCAUCAUUUAGAAAUUGCCAAAAAAAUAAUAAAAAAAAAAAACAGUUUUACAAUGUGGGAUGGGAGCAUGAACAAAAUGAAAACCACGCCCACUGAUAACCCGCUGAGAACGCGGUGAGAACCUGGUGAGAACCCACUGAGGGGGCUUCUUCAACAGUACUGCUGCAGGUCUGCUUCGCUGCAUCAGUCUGUGGCAGGGCGCCACCUGCAGCAUCGGGAUCGCGCUUGCAGGUCGUGUGCUUGGAGGUGCAUAGGGAUUUCUUGUGGCUGUAGGGAGCUGGGGGUUCCCAGCUUGUCACAGUCAUGGGAGAUAGAAUGGAAGGGGGUUCUGAGGGACACCAUCACCUAUAAGGCUGGAUGCUGCUUUCAGACGUGAGCUUGUUCAUCUCAAAUGGAGUCAGGCUGAAAAUGGGCUCAGUUUGAAUGAUCUCAGUACUGUCACUGUAUUGUUUGUUGAAAUACAAAUAUCGUCUUGUAAUGUAGUCGUUCUGAGAAAAAAGUAGCACUUCAGCAAUAAUUUCCAGUUAUCUGUAUUUCAUGUGUGUACUGAUUUCUGUAGAUGUUUUCUGUACUUACUUGCUUAUAUUUGUGUAGAAGUAUAAAGAUCAUUUGUCUCAUAUAGAAAUAUAUAAAGUAUUCUUAAAUGUU